GGCACAGAAAGACGGUAAACCAAAAUUCCUCUGUUACGUAAUCACGGUGAACGCGGUAUUUAACCGUGCUCCCAGCCAACGCCCUUCACUUCAGGCUCAUGCACAGAUGCUGAACGCUGCUUAGACACCGUGCUGCUCUUACUUAGUCCUAAAUUUACGAAGACACUAUGUCGACCGAAGAGGGGCGAUCCUCUGAUACAAGUUUAAUUUUUCAGAAGUUCAAAGACUACUUUGACGGUAGAUUUGACGCCAUUUCGACACCGAAGCAGGAGUCCAGUUCAAUCCGAGAGCUGAGAAAUAAGCUGGAGGCGAAAGAACUUGAAAGGCCCGGCAAUACCGAACAGUUCGAGUUCUGCGGUAAGCUUGAGAUUGCUCUGGACAGAGCAAAGUUGGCCCUAGUGAACAACCCCGACCCGGACUCGGCUUUGGAAAUUCUUCAAGAAGCAGAGGAGCUGGUAGCCGACCGGAAGAAAAAGAUCCGUAUAGCCGACGGAAGUAAGGCCGGGUGGGUGACUGUUGCCAAGCUCGAUAAGAAAGGCUCUGGCAACCUGUCUGCAGAGCAGCAAAAGAGCGUCAAGAUCGCCGAGGAAGAGGCUUUGAAGGACCUCGAGAGCCGCAAGCGCAAGAGACGAGAUUCCCAGUAUCAUGGGUCUGAUACGCUACACACUGCUGAUCGUCGCCUUUUUCGAGGUACACACAUUUUACUUUGUUUUUUCAACAUGCAUCAUUGUGCAUGUAAACCUGACAUCCCAUGCUGUCUGAAUAAAAUAGUAUUAUCAAGAAUUAUCAAACAAUUGCGUAUCUUGCCUUGAAUUGCUGUGUUGGCGUAUUAAACUAAACUGUUUUUCAUGCGUAUGAGCGAAGCGAAGUAGCAUGAAAAUGUAGUUUUGUUUGGCACAGAAAGACGGUAAACCAAAAUUCCUCUGUUACGUAAUCACGGUGAACGCGGUAUUUAACCGUGCUCCCAGCCAACGCCCUUCACUUCAGGCUCAUGCACAGAUGCUGAACGCUGCUUAGACACCGUGCUGCUCUUACUUAGUCCUAAAUUUUCCCGCCCUCCCCUCCCCCUUCGUCUAGUUUGUUUUCUGUCGGCGUAUUUCUUCUUUUCCCCUUUCUUCCUCACAGGCUUGUCAAGCUAUAACUGCUUUACCUGCGGGAUGCCCGGACACUGGUCGAGGCAGUGUUCCUUCCAGUCUGGCCCCACCAAUGCAGCUAAUGACGGCUUCCACCAGCAAAGAUCAAGGUUCAGAUUCAACCCCUACUUCACCGGGAACGUCAACAGGAAUAUUCCAGUCCAAGCCCCACAGUCAUAUCGGCCAUUCCUGCCUUCAAUCGCAGCCACAACAGCAGAGAUGUCUAAAGAAUCACGAGGCACACCCUCCUCUUAAUCUGAAACCUAGUGUCGACAAAUUCACCGAUAUUAUAAAGAUCAUUCUGGAGCAACCAUUUUGGGCAGACUCUCCGCCCGUAGUCUCAGGAUCCAAGGAGCAGUUGUUGCAUGAAGCUAUCGCAGCAAAAUCGGUUGGGUCUUGCAAUUCUUACUUUUAUAAGUGCCGCCAAUUCAUUAAAUGGUUGGUUCAAUGCAAAAUCCCCAUGUCUUUCCCUGUAAGCGAGGGAAUUGUGGCAGCUUAUUUAUCCCAUACCAAUUCAACAUCACGAUCUGAUAGUGUAAUGACGACAACUGCUUCUGCCAUUAAAUGGCUCCAUUCAUUAAUGAACAUCAAGAACAAUCCUAUAGAUUCACCUAUUGUUCAGCAACUCCUGAUCAGUUUUAGGAAACGUCUACAUCACCCUCCGGUUCAGAAAGAUCCGUUGUCUCUAGUUCAACUCAACCAAAUUGUGGAUAAAUUUGCCGGAGAUGAUUGCUCACUCAUGCAACUCAGAACAGCCUGCUAUGUGUCAUUGAAGUUUGCCCUUUUGUUUAGGCACAAUGAGAUUGCUGAAAUCAAAGCCAAUCACAUUACUCCUCUACCAGACGCACAAGGUAUUAAAAUUGUUAUUCCAAAGUCUAAAACCGACAUUUUCAGAGAGGGCAAUGUAGCAUUUCUUCCCACCUCACAGAGUUUCUAUUCCCCAUAUGUUAUUCUGACAAGAUUUAUGAAACAGCUAGGGAUCAGUAUAGGUGACGAUCAGUUCAUUUUUACUCCUCUUACAUUCUGUUCUGCCUCCAAUUCUUACAAGCGUACCCAAAACAAACCCCUUAGUUACACAAGAUCAAGAGAGUUGUUUUUUGAUGCACUUAAAGCAAUCGGAGUUGAAGAUGUGAAACGUUUUGGCCUUCAUAGUUUGCGGUCAGGAGGGGCCACUCGCUUAGCUAACAACAAAAUUCCAGAGGAGCUUAUAAUGCAACAUGGCCGGUGGAAGACCACUACGGCAAAGAAUCGAUACAUUAAGAGAGACUUAACCACACGUCUUCAAGUGUCAAAAGCUGUCUAUAACUGAGUAAAAAAAAAAAAAAAAAAAAAAAUUAUGCCAAGUGGCACGUAGGAAUGUAUAAGAAGGCUUAAUAUGUAUAAUGGACUUGAGCAAGAGUGAGAAUAGAUAUGGCAGUUGACAUGUAAUAUGUAUGACAAAUAAAAAAAAAAAAAAAAAAAAAAAAAAAAGGUUGUUUUCCGUUUUCUUUUAAUAUCAGUAUGAUGUUUCCAGGCAGAAAACCUGAAGGGCCGAGAUGGCCAAGGUUGGGCAGUUGCCCAGUGCAGCCAAUGUGGCUAUGGAUUAAUAUGUAAAAAGUGGUAUGAAGCAACUUCUUGGUUACUGUUUUACUUAAAUCUAUUUUUGUUAACAAGUACUUGUUACGCAUCAUUGUGCAUGUAAACCUGACAUCCCAUGCUGUCUGAAUAAAAUAGUAUUAUCAAGAAUUAUCAAA